UUCUCAGUCUGCUUCGAUUCCUUCUCUCUUAUAUGUACUGAAGAGGGGAAAAUAAGUAUAAAUAGCUUGAAGAAAAAUACAUACAUUGUACAUACAAGAUUGAAAACAGAAUGAGGGAGUAUAGUAGUGUGUGUUCUCUCAUUCUUGCUGUCUUGUUAUUGUUGCUGCCCCUAAAUGGUGUAUAUGGGGGCAACCCUUACAGAUAUUACACCUGGAAAAUCACUUAUGGUGACAUUUACCCUCUGGGUGUCAAGCAAAGGGCAAUCUUGAUAAAUGGGCAAUUCCCAGGGCCACAGAUUGAUUGUGUUACCAAUGAUAAUUUGAUUAUCAAUGUCUACAACUACCUGAAUGAGCCAUUUCUUCUUUCUUGGAAUGGAUUACAGCAAAGAAGGAAUUCAUGGCAGGAUGGGGUUUAUGGUACCACCUGUCCCAUUCCUCCUAGGAAAAACUUCACUUAUAUGCUCCAAGCGAAAGACCAGAUAGGUAGCUAUUUCUACUUCCCGUCCCUUCGAAUGCACAAGGCUGCUGGAGGAUACGGUGCCAUAAGAAUCUACAGUCGUCCUCUGAUCCCUGUCCCCUUCGCUCCUCCUGCUCGUGAUUUUACUGUAUUAGCCGGAGACUGGUCCAAGAGAAGUUACAGGCAACUUGAGUAUAUCUUGGACAGCGGUCAUAAUCUCCCCUUACCCGAUGGACUUUUAAUCAAUGGUCGUGGCUGGAACGGCUACACAUUUACAGUCGAUCCAGGUCGGACAUACAGAUUCAGAAUAUCGAAUGUUGGGAUUGCUACGUCUAUUAACUUCAGAAUCCAAGGACACAAAUUGAAGCUGGUAGAGGUUGAAGGAUCACACACCGUGCAAAGUACCUUCACCAACCUCGACAUCCAUUUAGGCCAAUCAUACUCGGUUUUAGUCACAGCAGAUCAGCAGCCGAAGGAUUACUAUGUUGUGGUUUCAUCGCGUUUCACCUCUCGUGUACUCACCACAACAGCUGUUCUCCACUACAGCAAUUCAUUUACGAGAGUCUCUGGGCCUCCCCCGACAGGGCCUACUACUCAGAUUAACUGGUCCUUGUUCCAGGGAAGAUCUCUAAGGAGGAAUCUGACUGCGAGUGGACCAAGACCGAAUCCUCAAGGCUCUUACCAUUAUGGAAUGAUAAAACCCGCUAGGACAAUCAUGCUUGCCAACUCUGCUCCUUACAUAAAUGGCAAGCAGAGGUAUGCUGUGAAUGGCAUCUCGUUUGUGAAUCCAGACACCCCUUUAAAGCUAGCAGAUUACUUCAAAAUCGGGGGAGUUUUCAACCUCGGAAGCAUCCCUGACUCACCAAGAUCGGGAUCUGCCUAUCUUGCAAGCUCGGUUAUGGAUGCUAACUACAGAUCUUUUGUGGAGAUCGUGUUCCAAAACUGGGAGGACACUGUCCAGUCAUGGCAUAUCGAUGGCUAUUCUUUCUUUGUCGUCGGAAUGGAUGGUGGACAGUGGACUGAAGCAAGCAGAACGCGUUACAACUUGAGAGACACAGUUGCCCGAUGCACUGUUCAGGUUUACCCAAGAUCAUGGACUGCUAUCUACAUGGCACUGGACAAUGUGGGAAUGUGGAACAUAAGGUCUGAGGACUGGGCAAGGCAGUAUUUGGGACAGCAAUUCUACCUCAGAGUUUACACUUCUACAAACUCAUGGAGGGAUGAGCUUCCAAUCCCCAAGAAUGCUCUUCUCUGCGGUCGAGCAAAAGGACGCCAUACCAGACCACUUUAGAACCACAAAAACUCGAGUUUGUCACGAUAGUGUGACCGGGGAAAUGCCAUCUAUAGCAAGAGAAAGGAAGCCAGAAAGUAUGUUAGGGGAGCUCAACUCGAGCUACAAUAUAAUUCUUUGUAAUUUCUCAUGAUGCAUUGGUGGAAGCUAUAACAAAAAAUAAUUUGUGAGCACAAUAUUUGAUUCUGGAAUAAAUAAUUCUAUUUGUCAGUUAA